AUGGGUACGGGGAGGACGCUGAAGUUCGCCCUGUGCGAGGUGCUGCAGUUUGCAGGCCUGUGCGUACCACUCUUCAUAGUCAUGCAGAGGUUUGCAGUCAUCGUAGCAAAGGUCAAAACUUCGACGCAGCCCCCUGGGGACAGCAGCACAGCCUACUGGUUAAUUGUGGCCUCCUCCAUUGCGUAUGUCACCUCCACUGCUCUGCUGAUAUGGGUACCCCUGAAGUACAUGGUCUUCAUGAAGAAAAAGUUCCUCAUUGGAAGGAAGAAAUGGAGGCCUGUAGCCCUUGUGUAUGUGAUCCUGUCCACAUUACCCUGCUUUGCCUUUCUCAUCGCCAGCUCUGAGGUUCAGAUAAACAACAACUUGAAAAUUGAUACCUUCCAGGAGCUGCCUGUUUCUCUCGUCCUCUUCUCUCUCAUCUGUAUUGAUGUUGUGGAGAGGAUACGUCACUGCAGACUGACUGGCAAGGCUAAUGACAUGGAGAGAGAUGCUGAAAUCCCCUCCACUGUCCUCACACAUGUGGAGCAGGUAACACCAGUAACACCCAUCACUCCGGUGGUGCCCGGGCCAGCUGUGCCUGGGCAAGUUGUGCCGAAUCCCAUAACCCCCGGAGCAAACCAGCACAACAGCAGGAACCAAAAUGGAGCAGGGAAUCGGCCAGAGACCAACGGGACAGUCCCAGGGAUACCUGCAAAUACUGGGAGACCUUUUAGUAUGUCUGGAUUGAGCUCACAGUCAGCAAGCACCGCAGCAUACCGUGCACCCCCGUACACCUACACAGGUCCGCUGAGAUUCCUGUGUGCCAGUGAUGCUCGAGCAGAUGUUUUUGUGGACGGCUUCAUGUUCUGGUUGGACACGGUAGAGAUGGUGAGGGUGGCAGGACAUCCCCUGGUCUACUACUCAGGCUGGGUGUUCCCAAUCUAUAUCUUCAGCUACCUGUCCUGUCUGCGUGUGGUUAUAAUGCCUCACAGUCCACUGCUUUCCUCGCUAGGAGUGGUGGUGCAGGACUUGCCCUUCUUUUUCAUACGUGUUGGCCUUGUUGCCUUCUUUGGCUUCGUCACGCCCAUCCUUUACCUGAUGAAGAAUCUGUUGGUUGUCCUCGCCUUUAUUUAUUUCAAUUUCAUGACUAAGCUGAGGGUCUUCAACACAGAGAGAAUGAUCCUUUGA